AUGGUCAAGUGGCUGUGCGUCGCCGAGAAGCCGUCCAUCGCCAAGUCGAUCACCCAGAUCCUGUCGGGCGGCCAGUUCAACACGCGAGACGCCACGCGGCCCAAAUGGAUCAAGAACUACAGCUUCUCGUACCGCAUGGGCCACGGUCCCGGCCACACCGACUUCACCGUCACGGCCGUCGCCGGCCAUCUCACGGCCAACGACUUUGACGACGACCACCGCAAAUGGCACAGCUGCGAGCCGAUCCAGCUCUUUGACGCCCGGGUCAAGACGUUCGUCAACCAGGACCCCGACGUACGCGGCAUCGAGCAGAACCUCAUGCGCGAGGCGCGCACGGCGACGCACCUCAUGAUUUGGACCGACUGCGACCGCGAGGGCGAGUUCAUCGGGUCCAUGGUUGCCGAGGUGUGCCGCAAGGCCAACCCGCGCAUCAUCGUCAAGCGGGCUCGGUUCAGCGCCAUCAUCCCUGCCCAGAUCAACCAGGCCGCCCGCAACCCUGUCGACCUCGACAUGCGCCAGGCGCAAGCCGUCGCGGCGCGCAUGGAGCUCGACCUGCGCGUCGGCUCGAUCUUCACCCGCACGUGGACGCUCGAGCUGCAGCGCCGCAUCAACGCCGUCGCCGACAGCCUCGUCAGCUACGGUCCAUGUCAGUUCCCGACCCUCGGCUUUGUCGUCGACCAGUACGAGCGCGUGCAGGCGUUCGUCCCCGAGCCGUUCUGGUUCAUCCAUGUCGGCCUCGUUCGCGAGGAUGCGACCACGUCGUUCAACUGGCGUCGAGGGCGCCUAUACGACCACGACAUCGCCGAGGCCAUCUACUCGAUCGUCGAGGACAACCCUGUCGCGACCGUCACCAAGUGGGAGACCAAGCCGACGCAAAAGUGGAAACCGCUUCCUCUCACGACGGUCGAGCUGCAGAAGACGGGCUCGCGCCUGUUGCGCAUGACGCCGAAGCGCGUCCUCGAGAUGGCCGAGCACCUCUACCAGCGAGGCAUCCUGAGCUAUCCUCGCACCGAGACGGACCAGUUCGACCGCGAGUUCGACUUCCACGAGCUCAUCGAGAAGCACUCGGGCGACGCUCGGUGGGGCACGUUCGCCGACAACCUCCUGAACAACAACGGCUUCGAGCGCCCUCGCAACGGCAAGAAGAACGACAAGGCGCACCCGCCGAUCCACCCGACGGCGCACGUCAACAACUUGGCCGGCGAGGAGAAGGCGGUCUACGAGCUCAUCGUGCGCCGGUUCCUCGGGUGCUGCUCGAAGAACGCCCGAGGCCUCGAGACGACCGUCGAGAUCGACAUGGCGGGCGAGGUGUUCUCGGCCAAAGGCCUCGUCAUCCGGGAGCGCAACUACCUCGACGUCUACGUCUACGACAAGUGGAACGGCAACCACCUGCCCGAGUUCGCCGUCGGCGAGCAGUUCGAGCCCGACGAGCUCGCCCUGCGCGACGGCCAGACGACGCAGCCCUCGCUCCUCACCGAGGCCGACCUCGUCUCGCUCAUGGACAAGAACGAGAUUGGGACCGACGCCACCAUCGCCGAGCACAUCUCCAAGAUAAUCGACCGCCAGUACGUCAUGAAGCAGCGCGAGGGCGCCGUCGAGUACCUCGUCCCGUCCACGCUCGGCAUCGGCCUCGUCAAGGCGUACGACGCGCUCGGGCUCGACAACUCGCUCAGCAAGCCGCACCUGCGCCGUCUUACGGAACAGCGCCUCGUCCAGAUCUGCGAGGGCACACGCACGAAGGCCCAAGUCGUCGCCCAGUCGCUCAACGAGUACCGCGACGUGUUUGACCGCACGAGGGCCCUCAUGAACACGUUCGUCAACACGGUCCGCCACUACGUCGAGGGCGCUGCAGGUCAGGGCGGCGGUGGAGGAGGGGGCGGCGGGGGAGGUGGAGGAGGACGAGGAGGACCCGGCGGCGGCGCCGACUCGGAGGACUCGGACGGGUCCGACGGCGGCGGCGCUCCUGCCGCUCGCGGUCGAGGUCGGGGACGCGGCGCGGCCCGAGGCGCAGCUCGCGGUCGAGGACGAGGUGCUGCGGCCGAGCGGGGCGGUGCAGCUCGCGGACGAGGUCGAGGAGGAGCGGCGGCCGCCAAGCGCAAGAGGGACGACGACAACGACGACGACCUCGCCGAGGACGCCGCCGCCAACGCCGAGGCGCCGACGUGCAACUGCCCUGAGCCUGCCGCCGAGCGCACCGUCACCAAGGAGGGCGCCAACAAGGGCCGCCGCUUCUUCGGCUGCGCCAAGCCUCGCGAGGAGUCGUGCGGGUUCUUCGCGUGGGCCGACGACCAGGGUCGAGCAAUCGUCGGGCCGCAGCCGAGCGGAGGAGGCGGUGCCGCGCCGCCAAAAAGGCGAGCGACCUCGGAUCGUCAAGUCGACCGCGACGCCGACGAGCCGCAGCGCUGCCAGUGCGACCUCACGCCCAAGCUCCUCACCGUCUCGAAAGAAGGCCCGAACCAGGGUCGCGGCUUCUACAAGUGCCCCAACGUCAGCAAGGACGCGCAGUGCGGCUUCUUCGCGUGGGCCGACGAGGCGCCCGGCGGUGGCGGCGGGUCGGGCUCGGGCUCCGCUGGCGGACGAGCGAGCGGGAGCGGCGGCGGCGGUGGUGCAGGAGGAGGGUGCUUCAAGUGCGGCGCUGAGGAUCACUGGUCGAGGGACUGCCCUGACGGCGGCGCACGCGGCGGCGGUGCGGGCGGCUCGCGCUCGGGCGGUGGCGGAGGAGGAGCGACGGGCGAGUGCUACAUCUGCCACGAGGAGGGCCAUUGGUCCAAGGACUGCCCGCAGCGCAACGGCGGCGGCGGAGGAGGCUCGAGGGGCGGCGGCGGCUCGCGCACCGGCGGCGGCGGCGACUCGGACUACUCCUGCUUCAAGUGCGGCGAGCAGGGCCACUACUCCUCCUCCUGCCCGAACGACGGCGCAUCUACCUCGUCUCGCGAUCGUGGCGGCGGCGCACGCGGCGGCAACGCUCGAGGGCGAGGGCGCGGUCGGAAGAAGGCCGUCCAGUGGGACUAGCGG